AACUUAAUACAUUAUUUCUCCCACAUGCUUUCUCCAUUCAGGAUCAGCAAAUCCAGCUACUGUUCUAGUUUUAUUUUCUGUACAGUCAUUGACCAGAAUGUUAACUGUUCAUCUGCCCAUCCUACUAUUUCAUGCACAUGGUUUUUUUGUUAAACUUUUCGGAGGUUGCACAGCACAACUAUCUGAUUAUAAUACUAUGAAGUUACUGUAUUAAGUUUAAUUUGUUACCUAUUUUUAAAAAGUUAUUUUUUUUCUCUCAAACUCGAAUGUACAGAGGACUUUCCAAAAGUUACAGGAAAUGUGAUACUGCACCUGGUUUAAUAUAGAGCUUAUUCAUGUGGUAUUUCAGUAUGCCAGAAACCAAAAGUGAGUUAAUUGAAGGCACUAAACUGAAAUAAAAUAGGAAGAUCAUCAGCUGAGAACGACCUGCUGGAGAAAGCAGAUCCUCUUCUAAGGAGCUUCUGGGAACUGCCUUGGUGACUGGAACUGAUCCUCCUCCACUUCCUGCCCUUUGGUGACCUUCCACAGCCCCCCAGAUGCUCCUCCAGGGAGUAGCCUGCUUUUCUGCCUUCCCCUGGGCCCCACGGGAUGGAAAAUAAAGCAAAGCAGUAUCUUAUCGUCUAUCUUUCAGCAGGCCUUCUGAAGUUUAACUAAAAAUAUGAUCGUGCUUGCUUCAGAGAACUGCUCUUCUCAGUACCAGUUACAUCAAACAAGUCAGCCCCUGGAUGGUAACUGCCUGCUAAUCUUGAUUAUACUUGGGAAAAUAUUAUUAAAUAUCCUCACACUGGGAAUGAGAAGAAAAAACACCUGUCAAAAUUUUAUGGAAUAUUUUUGCAUUUCACUAGCACUCAUGGACCUUUUACUUUUGGUAAACAUUUCCAUUAUAUCCUAUUUCAGGGAUUUUGUACUUUUAGACAUUAGGUUUACUAAAUACCACAUCUGCUUGUUUACUCAAAUUAUAUCUUUUACUUACGGCUUUUUGCAUUAUCCAGUUUUCCUGAUAGCAUGGAUAGAUUAUUAUCUGAAUUUUUCUAAAACCACCCUUCCAUUUAAGUGUCAGAAAUUAUGUUAUUUCUUUACAGUACUUUUGAUUUGGAUUUCAGUAUUUGCUUAUGUUUUGGGAGAUCCAGAUAUCUACCAAAACCUAAAGGCACAGAAUGUUUAUCCUUAUCAAUGUCCUUUCUACGUCAGCAUUCAAAGUUACUGGCUCUCAUUUUUCAUGGUGAUGAUUUUAUUUAUGGCUUUCAUCACUUCUUGGUCAGAAGUUAUUACCUUAGUACAGGCUAUUAGGAUAACUUCCUACAUGAAUGAGACUGUCCUAUAUUUCCCCUUUUUAUCCCAUUCUAGUUGUACUGUGAACUCUAAAAAAACACUCUUGCCCAAGUUCAUUGUCUGUUUUCUCGGUACCUGGUUACCAUUUGUACUACUUCAAAUAAUUAUCCUUUUAUUUAAAGUACAGAUUCCAGCAUAUAUUGAGAUGAACAUUCCAUGGUUGUACUUUGUCAAUAGUUUUCUCAUUGCUACGGUUUACUGGUGUAAAUGUCACAAGUUUAAUUUAAGAGACAUUGCAUUACCUGUGGAUCCAUUUGUCAACUGGAAAAGCUGCUUCAUUGCACUUGCAAUUCAUGAUCCUGAGCAAAUUGAAAAGCCUACAUCAAUUAUAAUUUGUUAACAUGUUGCCAUGUUAAAACUUACAACUGUGGUAUUUUCAAAGGAAAAAGAGUAACUCAGGGCAUACAAAGACUGAACUGAACUGAAGCCUCCCUCAACCGCCUCAAUGUGUAUUUUAGGGCUAUGAUAUUAUUUGUCUUUUUCAUUUUUAAACAAAAUAAUUCCAAGAAAAAAUUUUAUACCUGUUGAGGAAAAUUGCAUGUUACAAAUAUUAACAUAGAAGUGAAAUGAGUCAACACUUGGCCAUACUGAUGUUUCUGUUAUCCAAAAAAACUACUGGAUGCAAACAGUUAUGUAAAUCUGAGAUGCGCUGCCAACUUUUAUAUAAACUUAAAUAAACAUUUUUAUUUAAUUCACAGCAAUAAAAUCAAGAUUUUUUUUU